AUGGAAAAUAUGUGGCUAUACUCCCUGUGCCAGUGCAUCCUAUCUGUAUCUAUAAUUGUGGUGAGUGUGAGGCUGUGCAUGGCAGUCAGCAGCAGCAAUGCUGUCGCCGACGUCCAAGACGGAAUCCACGGCGCCAGGCUCCAACCGGGGAGUGUCACGUGCUGUCUUCUGCUGUGCCUGGGCUGGGUGGGGGCCAUUGGGGGGGCAGUGGAUGUCCCCGUGGCCGUGUUACUCAACCUGCGGACCCCUCAAUGUCUGUACACCUGCAUUCCCAUUGUCUGUUGCCCCAUGCUGGUCAGGCAGUUUACCAUGUUCCUGCUAAUGCUACUUACACUGGAUGCCCACCUACACCAUCAUUUGGCAGACAGAUACUCGUCAGUGGUGACCCGUCAGCGAGCCCUGUGUGUGGUCCUGCUGUGCUGGGUGGCCUCGGUUCUGUCCUCCUUCGCCCAGUUCAUCGGCUCGGAUGUCUUCCACACCGGGAAAAGAGAUGCCACUGAUCAGGGCACUGCUGGCCUCGGGCUAAGCGGCAACUGGACAAGUUCUCUACCCCAUGCUCCAACGACCCCGCCCCCUAAGUAUUACGAUGACCUCGAGGUCAUAGCGAAGUACCUUCCCUAUGGAGGGUUCUUGUCAAAGUUUUAUGUGAAUGACAUACACAACUUCACCUAUGCUGAGAUUCACAGCAGUCACUGGGGCGUUUGUACUCCUGACCAUAUCCUGAGCCCACGGUAUCUAGUCUAUGUUCAGGGGUUGACAGUGUUCAUACUUCCUUUGCUUUGCCUGCUGGCCAUUUAUCUAGACCUGCUGCUAUGCAUGAAGCCAAGGAAAAGCCCUUUUAAUGAUGCAGACCCUCCAAAACAUGAUUCCUUAAUGGUCCGUUCCCUGGCCCUUUCCCUCUCUCUUUUAGUUCUGCUGUGCCUGCCACUCCACAUUAUCCACGCAAUGUUGUUUUACCUCCCCAAUACCCACAUUCCUGACUGGACGCAUGCAUCGGCUUUGUUCCUCUUCCAGCUGUACAGUCUUGUCCCCCAGCUCCUCUUCACUCCCCUGAGGAAACAAAGGGGGAAGAAACGGGUGUCCUUCGGUCUUGCCGUUCUAAACCUUCACCCUGCAGAAGCCACAUCCAGGGGAAAAUCUGUCAGAAUGGCACUGUGCGAGGCGGUGCAGUCAGCUCCAUGGUCUUCAGCCAAACACUCCCUUAAAGCCAAAGUGUGCAAAGAGGUGUGAUUUC